UAAAACUGGACUUGUUAUCAUCUGCCAUUAAGAUCUAUGUGUAAAAAUAUCCUAAUCUAGAUCUGACUUGAACUCUAAGAUGAAUGCGCAAUUCAUUUACGAUGCAACGGCUGUAUUUCAUGAAUCUCAAUGGAAAGAAUUCACUCGACUAAAACUAGGUUUCAGCGACACCGAAAUAAGAGAAAUGGAAGAUGGGGAAAAAAGUUUCGCGGAACUCAAACACAAGACAGUUAGAAAGUGGAUCGGAGACGAUGUGGAAACAGAAUAUAUGCGAAACAAAUUGACUUCUCUAAAGCAGGAAUAUUUCUUCAGCAGAUCGGAGUUCAGUUUUUCGAAUCCAAUGAAAGCACAAGGCGAUCUUGUUGGCGAAAAACCAGUUGAAAAACCCAGGUAUACAUUGGCGAAAAAGAAAGGUAUUGCGCUCAUCAUAAGCAAUUCUUUCGAUGGCAAUGGCAGCAAAUUUAUGUCUAGAACACCAGGGUCUGACGUAGAUUUGGAAAACAUGAAGAAAUUAUGGAACAAAAUCAUAGGAUGUGAGCUUGUAGAUGGGAAAGUUCACCGAGAUAAAACAGCCGAUGAAAUGAGGGGUCUGUUGAAAAACGCGGGGGAAGCAAAAGAUUACGAUUAUGCGGUCGUGGUGAUAAGUACGCAUGGCGGAUUUGUGCCAACAGAUGAACAGAAAGCCAUAGAUCCAAAAACCAAGCAAGAAACAACGCUGAAGAAAUAUGAAGAAGUGCUAUAUGGAAACGAUGGCAGUUACUUAAAAGCGAGUGAAGUUCAAAAUAGUUUCUGCAAUAAGGAGGCGCAAAGCUUGAGGGAUAUACCGAAGUUAAUCAUUCUUCAAUACUGUAGGGGGGAAACACUGGAUGAAGGGGUUCCCAGAGAUGCAACUUUCAAAGUUGAAGAACGUGAUUCUACCGAUGCUGAUUCAUAUAAGCAGCAGAAAACAGAAGAGUCCUUUCCUGAAAAAGAUUCUUUAAUGCCCGCAUUGUGUGAUAUCAUCACCGUAUACGCAACUCAUCAAAGCUACAUGGCUCUCAGAAAUAGGAAAAAGGGCUCCUGGAUUAUUCAGCACAUUUCUGAAGUUUUCCAAAACCACUACAAGACUAAGCACGUCAUUGAUAUGAUUACGCUGGUGAAUGAUUUGAUGAAAAACAGGAAAGGAGACUUAGGCAACAACAAAGAAUGCAAAGCAAUGAGCAUCUACGAGUCCAGCCUAACCAAGGAUUUCUAUUUGUAUUAAUAUAUGAAUCAGGAAUGGUUUACAUAAUGAUCAAGACUUUCACCCUUUAUAAAUGGAUGUCAAUAUUUUAUUAAUUCUUAUCAAUUAUCACUAUAUCUUAUGUAAUCUAAUCUUCAUCAAUUUAUUUCAGAUAAGGUUGUAGCGAAUGUGGAUUGUAACUAUGAAUUAUAAUGUUAUUUAAUUAAACCAUACAUACUAAUAGUAUGUUGCAUUCUCUGAAAUAGGUCACUUAAUGUUUCGCGACAGCGAUAAAGCCUUCAUUCUAUGUAGCCGUCUCUGUGAGCGACCAAUUUGAUGACUUAUGUUUCCGGUUCCGUGGAAAGGGCUGAAAUAUAUUGUGCUUGUGAUUAUUAUUCUGUUUUUGACUGCAUUAAGAGUUAAGUGUUUUUAAUAUAUCUGUAUUUGGAUCGCAUUGUGAA